AUGAUGGCCUUGGUGCUUUUCGUUUUACCCAUGGCGCAGGUCGCGAAUGCUUUUCGCCAUGAGGCGGUGGAGAAAGACAGCAGCAAUUUCUGUUGGCAAAAAUGUUGCUCUUCCAAGUGUGGUAAUCAAAGCUUUGAUCUCCUAGGCGACUUGGGGGGAAAAUUCGAGCUGCGUGAUUGCGUGGUGAAGAUGCACGAGCCUCAAUACCAUGCUAAGACGGGAGAAGCCUUUUGUGAGGAGAAUUGCACAAUCUUCGCCUCUGAGGGGGCGAAGACCAUCCAAGUCACGCGGAAGAGUGGGAAAGGAGAACAGCAGUGUAAACCGCAGUUGCCGGUGGACGGCCUCUGCGAACACCAAUGCUGUCAGGCCAAGUGCACGGAGCAAGCCUAUGAGAAGCGGGGCAGUUGGCAAUUCCAAGAUUGUUCCUUGGUCGGCCGUUAUGAUCGAGGCUGCGAGGAGAAUUGCACAGUGGUCCACUCCGGAAAGCCUGAGCACGCCCAGGUCAUCCGACAGAGUGGGCCCGGCCCACCGCAAUGUGAACUCCGGGACACCCCGCAACAAGUGGCCGCAGACUUCAUCGAGCGGCUCGAGAAGGGACCGCUCCGUGAUGGUUGGUACAUUGGCAAGCGCGGUGGUGGUGUACCUUGGCCUAGGGUGAAGAAAUUCCUGAAGCACGUGACGGGAGAAGUCGCUGCCGAGUAUCGCAGGCACGGAUUUAGCCGAGAGGUCUCCAGCGAGGUCAAAGACGUUGCCAUCAUCGGAGAUCUUCACGGCCAGCUCUUCAACCUUAUCGCUUACUUGGUGGAAAUCAAGAAGAAAUACGAGGAGAAGGGUUACAGCAGCCUGGAUGGAUCAUCACUGCUCGUCUGUGAUCCGCGCAUGCAGUACAUCUUCCUGGGCGAUUACUUGGAUCGGGGUGAAAGAGCAGCCGAAUUGCUUCUGCUUCUUCUAUCCUACAAGGUGCGAUGUCCUCACGGCUUGGUUCUUUUGCAAGGCAACCACGAGGAUGAAAGUCUAUGGGAGCGCUACGGAUUUCAGGAGGAGCUCGACUACAAGUUCGGUGGCAAGAUCAGAGCUACUGACAUCAGCUCGGUGGUGAGGGCGCUGCCAUAUGUGGCCGUGGUGCCUGGACAGUUCAUGGCUAUGCAUGGUGGCCUAAGCCCGGACUUUGUGAAAUUCUGUUCAGGGCAGGCGGGUAAGUUCAGCAGAUGUAUUAGAUCUGUCGGUAUCAGCACGGUUUGGGCCGAUCCUCAUGCUGGCGAGGGCUGGGAACCGUCUCCACGGGGAGAAGGCUUGUUCAAGUUUGGCCUGGAUGUUGCGCAGCAGUUCUUAGAAUCCAACCGCUUGAAGGGCAUCUACCGCGGGCAUGAGCAAGUGAUGGAGGGCUACACUUCAAUUGGAACCCCUGACGCCUUUGUAGCGACAGUUUUCUCUGCUGCAGACUACAUGGGCGUCUUUUGCCUCAGCGGGCGAUUGCCAGCGCGACCACCUCCUUUCGAAAAAGGCCUCUUCUCCCUGCCUGGUGAAGACAAUGAGGGUGCCUUCGUGCUGGCGGAUUUGGUCAGUGGCGAACGAGACGUGAGAAGGAUGUCCGGAUCGCUGACACGAAAGCUUGCCGCAAACUUCACUGACACAGGUGCGUGGUGUGCCGAGAAAGACCUCAUGAAACAUGGCAGCCCCGACCUUGAAAGCUUCAUUGAAAAGAAUCACAUGCGCCACCGGGAGUUGGGCCAUGAAGACUCGUGUACCUUGGGCGAGACAGAGACCGCGUUCUUCAAAGAAGCGGUGCGACGCAUCCUGAGCACUUCCAAGGACUCCGGAGAGCGAAACGAGUACAGAAUUGAUGGACUCC